AUGGAGGAUGAAAUCGCAAAACUUCGACAAGAGCUUGCUGAAGCGGAACGCCGGCGAGACGAAGCGGAACAGGUCGUACAGCUACAACUGCUUAUACCCUAUCUUGAGGCCUGCCACUCCCUCAGCCUUGCUAUCCAAGUUGUCACCGAUCCUUCCUGGACCACUCAAGGCGACACGACGAACCCUGUCGGCCGAAUUUACCCACGUCAGAUCCUCCCAUGGAGUGACUUUCCCGCGCGACAAGAGGACAUAUGGGAAUGUCUCUCGGAGCCAUCGUUCACUUCGCUGCGGCAGUUCCCAUCACAACACCAGCUAGACUACGUACAGUCUCUGAUCGGGCCCAUCAGUAGCGAGCACGGCCUGCGGUACUUCGAGCGCGAUACCGUAGAGAAUGCAGUACAGAAGUUGAUCGGCGCGGUCCACGACAAUCCGUUGUUGCGCGAUCAUCUUGGGCUUCGUGGAACCGUGUCCUUCGAGAGCCAUACGAACCUUGGCAACAGCAAUAGCAACCAAGACUUGUCGGAGUCUCUGGAACACAUGUCUUUGGGCUCAGGUUAUGCCGGCCAUGCCUCGACGAAUCCGACCUCGAGGGCUCGAAGCAGAACACCGGCGGGCCGACCAACGGCGAGAGGCAAAGGCGCUCGGGCAGACCACUUUUGCAUCUACAGCAUGUCGGACGGCACGAGCAUCCCCAAGACGGCGAUCGAGUACAAGGCGCCGCACAAGCUGACGCAGGACGAGAUCGUCACGGGCCUGGCGUCCGAGAUCCAGCCAGGACGCGACGUCAUCAACAAAGCUGCAGACGAUUUUGCGGCCAUGUCGAGGGCGCUUGCCGCUGCCGUGGUCACUCAACUUUUCUCUUAUAUGGUUGGUAAGGGCAUACAAUAUGGCUAUAUCUCCACGGGACAAGUUUUCGUCUUCCUGCAUAUCCCGGAUGAUCCUACCAUCGUCUACUACUCUGUGAGUGUGCCAAACCUGGACGUUCUCGAGGACGAUGCGAACAGGCUGCACCGGAUGGCCGUGGCGCAAGUAUUUGCCUUUGUGCUGCAGUCCCUACGCGCAGAGGCACCUCCGCAAUCGUGGCACGACGCGGCUGCGCGGCUUGAUACCUGGGCAGUGGAGUACGACGAUGUGUUGAGCAGGAUCCCCGAGACAGUUCGGAAGGGCAACAAGCCUCGUAAUUCCCCUUACAAGCCACAGCGUUGGCGCGGAUUUCAGCGUUCCCCGAUCAAGACUCAGUCGAGCUGUUAUACAGCUGAUAUUAAGCCUAACCUACGGGAUGAUAGUGUAGAUGAUGAUGAUGCUGGCCCUUCCUCACCAGCUGCGGAACGGUCGAUGCGCUCAGGCAAACUGCCAGCCGGAUCAGGAGCAGCGUCCAGCAGCCAGCAGCAGGGCAGAAGCAGAGGGGGCCGGGAACAAGUCGACGCAGGUCGAGAGAAAAUUCAAGAACGCCCAUACUGCAGUCAUCAAUGCCUUUUUGGCCUGGCUUAUGGCAGACCGAUCGACCAGAGCUGUCCUAACGCUGCAAGGCACGGCUCUACGCACAUCAGCCAGGCGACGUUUCUGCAGCUCCUCCGCGCUCAACUGGCUAAGGAUCGUGGCUCUGACGCGGACGCCGUCCCUCUCUACCUGUCUGGCGCUGUCGGAGCGCUCUUCAAGGUGCGAUUGUCCGCUUAUGGGUAUACGCUUGUUGCCAAGGGUGUGGAAAGACGAUACCUGAGGCGUCUGCGGCACGAGGAGCAAAUUUAUGACCGCCUUCGUCCCGUGCAGGGAAAACAUGUUCCUGUGUGUCUUGGCCUAAUAGAACUGGUCCUGCCAUACUACUUCGAUUGUCGUGUCUUUCGACACUUCCUCGUACUUAGUUGGGCCGGACGGCCGCUAUUCAGCUGCAUUGGUCUGCUAGAAGAGGCGCAACUGAUCAGUGCAGUAAAAAGUGCGUUUGCAAGCCUGCAUCAGCUCCAGGUCCUCCAUGGCGACGCUGAAGCACGCAAUCUCACCUACGAUCAGAACAUUAUGAUCGUCGACUUCGAAAGAGCGGAACUCUACAACCGUCAGCCCCUGGGCUCUACCACCAGAAACAGCGACAGUCGGAAGAGUAAGGGCGAUGCAUCACAGAAGGGAAAUGCUUUUCAAAAGCGAGACACUGCUUUUGGUAAAGAAUUGCAAUUAGCCGUGCGUGAUGUGUCGAGGCAUUGCAGAGUAGGAUGA